CGCGCAUCAGUCUCCCAUAUUUCCCUCAAGCUUCACUCACCCUCUUAUUAAGUUCACUUUGAGAGUAAUAUUUCCAGAGUUGGAGAAUCAUGAAGGGCCAUGACCACAAGAUGGCAAGAAUGGAGGACAUUCUUAAUCUUCCAGUGCAGGAUCCUCCGUGUGCCGAAUUCUCUGCUGCUCAUAUCAAAUGGGUGAAAGUAGACGGCGGUCGCCACGGUGGUGAUGACAUUGCUCUGAUUCCGUAUGCUCGGGUUGAUGAUUUUGUCAAAGGAGAAUCUUUGAAUGCCGAUUGUCCUGCUAGCUUUCGCAUUGAGUCGAAAAGGAAGAGAGCUGAAGGGAGCGUGAGCAAGCCGAGGGUCGAUGGCUAUCUUGAGUAUACACUGUAUGUUUGUUUCUAUACUCCGGUUCAUGUAGGUUUGUCAUUGUUCUAUAUAGUAGAAAUGUUGUUAUGAUCUGAAUAAAUGUAGUGUCAGAGAAUAUUUGAUUUUAAUUUCAACUACAUAGAUCAAAUUGAAUGCAAUGGAAUGAUGUUCGAUAUGAAUC